ACCCCUAAUCGAUCUAUCGAAGGCUGGCUCUCACGUCGGCGAAUACGUUCAGCUGCUCGUGUUUGUUCACAAGUCCAGACCAAUUCAGGAUCUAGUUUCAAAGAGGAUGAUCGGGAGUGGUCGUGAGGUGAAUGGAAUCUACCUUCUGGAUGCGCUUCCUCAUCAUCUGAGUCAUCAUGUUAGCAGGGAUUUUGAGUCAGAGUUUGUGGAAAUUUAAGUCCCCAAAAGAAGGGGCAUUAUUAAGGACUGACAUUCAAGUUGGAGAUGAUACAAGGUCAUUUUUCUCUGUAUCCCUAUGGCAGAAACAAAUGGGAUCCAUGGUAUUUGCUGGUGAUGUCAUUUUGUUACAAAAUGUUAAGGUUGUCAGAUUUGGAGAAACUAUUGAGGCCAGAACAGUACAUUUCUCAUCGCUACUAUGUUUGGUCCACCCAUAUGAUCUUCUUGAGUCAAAGGGUGUGGAUGACUUACUAGCAAAUUGUCGGGUUGGGAAUACAACAAGGGAAAAACUAAGGAAGGUGAUAGAAUGGGUGAAACGAACUGGAUCUACAGAUCACAAUGUUCAAUUGCAUAAUUACGAGAAGAGGCAGCUAUUGAAGAACUGGAAGGUGAAUGAAGAAAGAAAAUCUAUAGACUGCAUCUCAAUCUCAGAAGUAUCAUGCCUUGGGAACUCUUGUAAAGCUACAUUUUAUGCACAUAUUGGUGAACUUUUUCUGCCAUUUACAUGUGCAACUGAUGGGGAGAAGGAAAGGGUGUUCAUCAGCAAAAGACUGUUUAUGAGUGGAUAUAAUAAAAUUGCAGAAGAUUUCAUUUGCACUGGCUGCAAGCUAUGUGGUUCCCCAUUGGGUUUGGCAUAUGGGUCUUUGCAGGAACAGAGCAUGAUUCCACUCUAUUGCCAGAAAAGCUCUAACCGCCUACAUGCUAUAUGCUUCAUAUAUAGGCCAUUUCUGCUUUAUGUGUGGGACCAAUCUGAAUGCAUUCCACUUUUUGUCACAAACAAGGUUGCAGAGCUACUAUUUGCAGACAUUACAGCCGAGAAAGUCUACUUGUGCUAUACAACACAAAAGCAGAAUUGGAAUCUUGAUUUGAGAGAUGAUCAUGAGAUUGGUCAUUCUGAUCUGAGUGCCAAUGCUGACUCUAAAGCUGCAGAUUCUAGGCCACUGGAUGUAAAGAAGACCCUGAAACCAAAAAGUAACAACCAAGGAGACAGGAAGAACCCGAACUUUUUCAGGAUUUGGCUAAUUUUACUCAAAAUGUUGCUGCAACAAGGAAAAAAUAGUUCUUUGAAAUUUGAAAUUACUGUGAAUACUGGCUUAGAUCAAGAAAGUGGAAGGUUUGAAUUGGUUUCAAUGAUGAUGCCAUGCUUCAGAAUGGAUGGACCUGUUUGACUAGAUACACAUUUGUUAAGCUUCAGGUAUGAAUGCCAUAAGUUUGUCAGAUGCACUAAUGAGAUACUAGGGACUGGAAGAGAGAUGAUUCCCUAUGUGAACAAUUUUCUUUGUAUUUUCUUUUAGGCAAUACUAGUUACUAGAUUUUUUUGAAGAUAAACAACUUUAUCAUGGUUGACUUAUUCUGUGACGCUCUAGUACUUGGAAGAUUGGCAUAGAUGAACUUCCAGCUGCAACUCAGAAGGUUGUAGUGCUUGAAAAUUUUGUGGUUCCAUUGAAUCAGAACAUUGGCUGUAAUUAUAUAUAAAGUGCUUUUAACUGAA